CCAGAGAACCUCUGUCGCUGCGGCCGGUGACGUCACGCAAGGGUCUCCGCCGUCCCCGGGGGGCUGCUGGGAGUCGUAGUUUGCGGCCGGGAGCCAUGGAGAGGACCGUGGCCAGCGGCUCUUUGCUGGGCGAGAUUGGUUUUUGGGCCGACCGGACGCCCGUUCACGAAGCAGCCCGGAGCGGAGAGACCGUGCGGCUGUCGCAGCUCAUUGAGAAUGGAGCCUGUGUCAAUCUGGUCACCUACGAUUCCAUCACGCCGUUGCACGAGGCAAGCCUGCGCGGACAAACCCAGUGUGUGAAAAUCCUCCUGGCUGCCGGAGCCCAGGUGGAUGCCCGAAACAUAGACGGCAGCACGCCUUUAUGCGACGCUUGCGCCUCCGGGAGCCUGGAGUGUGUGAAAGUCCUGCUUGGACACGGGGCGAAGGUCAACCCGCCCCUCUACACGGCGUCUCCUCUCCACGAAGCCUGCAUGAACGGCAGUGCCGAGUGCGUGCGUCUCCUGAUCAACGUCGGGGCGAACCUGGAGGCUCACGACUGCCACUUUGGGACCCCUUUACACGUGGCGUGUGCCCGAGAACAUCUGGACUGCGUGAAGCUGCUGCUCAAUGCAGGUGCCAACGUGAACGCGGCCAAGCUUCACGAGACGGCCCUUCAUCACGCGGCCAAAGUGAAAAAUGCCGACCUGGUGGAGAUGCUGGUGGAAUUCGGGGGGAACAUUUACGCCCGGGACAACCGCGGGAAGAAACCUGCCGACUACACCCGGAGCAGCAGCCAAGCGGCCAAAUGCUUUGAGUAUUACGAAAAAACGCCACGCAGCUUGUCCCAGCUCUGUCGACUCAGCCUGAGGAGGGCCUUCGGCCAGCGUGCCCUAGAGAAAAUAGCCCAGCUCCCCAUACCUCCGCGAUUAAUCGAAUUUCUGUCCUAUAAAUGAUCCCUCCAUCGCAGGCUGAGGGAGCCGUGGCCAUAUUCAUCUCAGGCCAUUUCUCCCUCCUAAGAAAUGGUUUUAAUUUCUUUUAAUGGUUGUAAAUGCUAUUUAUGAAGGACUCUGUAGUUUAAAGACUCAUGAGUGGGGUCCCCCCUUUAUAGCCGGUUCCUGGAAUAGUUUGAAGGAUCUUUCCAGAGCUGUUCUAAACACACAUAAGCCUGCGCACACACUUCGCAACUACCUUGUACGGUAUUCAAAUCCCAGGAUCACAGUUUGGGGGGGGGUCUGCUUACCUUGGGAUAUGCCAUGCUUCCUCCCUAUCAUCUGGCUUCUCCGGGGUGGGGCAGGACACUGGUGGGGGGCAGACUGCACCUCCGGGGCCCACCCCACCCCAUGGCGUAGUGAUAAAUUAGGGGAGUACAGGUGCUGCUUAUGACAGUCCCCGUGCCCGACCCCACCACGGAAGAGAGUCGAAACAUUGAAGGCUGCUGGAUCGCUCCCUGUCAUGAACGUGAGGAGCACGUCUUUGGUAAAGCUAACAGCUCUGAAUUGCCUGCUCAGGACUAAGCCACCCUAAAUGCUUUGCAUUAGAACAAGGAUCACUUGCAAGAACAUACUAACCCACGG